AUGGCAGACAUGGGAGGUGCCGGCGGCCAGUAUCCCGAUUUUCCGGCGGUGGCCACACACGGAGGACAGUACAUUCAGUACAACAUUUUUGGUAACAUGUUCGAGAUAACCGCCAAGUAUCGCCUUCCGAUCAUGCCUAUCGGCCGUGGAGCUUACGGCAUAGUAUGCUCGGUUUUGAACACGGAGACGAAAGAGAUGGUGGCAAUCAAGAAGAUUGCGAAUGCCUUUGAUAAUUACAUGGAUGCCAAGAGGACCCUUAGGGAGAUCAAGCUUCUUCGUCACUUGGAUCACGAAAAUGUGAUUGCCAUAAAAGAUGUGAUCCCUCCCCCUUUAAGAAGGGAAUUCACAGAUGUCUAUAUAGCAACAGAACUAAUGGACACCGAUCUCCACCAAAUCAUUCGUUCUAAUCAGGGCUUAUCCGAGGAGCAUUGCCAGUACUUCUUGUACCAGCUCCUUAGAGGACUGAAAUACAUACACUCGGCCGGCAUUAUACACCGUGACCUGAAACCCAGCAAUCUGUUACUGAAUGCUAAUUGUGAUCUCAAGAUAUGCGACUUUGGUCUUGCUCGGUUGAACUCCGAAAACGAGUUCAUGACCGAGUAUGUGGUGACGAGAUGGUACAGGGCGCCUGAGCUGCUUCUGAAUUCAUCUGAAUAUAGUGCAGCCAUUGACGUUUGGUCGGUCGGCUGCAUAUUCAUGGAGCUCAUCAACCGAAAGCCGUUGUUCCCUGGAAAGGAUCAUGUCCACCAAAUGCACUUGUUGAUCGAGCUUUUGGGCACACCCACAGAUGCUGACCUUGAUUCCACACGAAAUGAGGAUGCGAAAAGGUACUUAAGACAACUCCCUCAAUACCCUCGCCAGAAUUUAGCAAAGAUUUUCCCGCACGUGAAUCCUAUGGCCAUUGAUCUUGUUGAUAAGAUGCUCACAAUAAACCCCACCAAUCGAAUUACAGUCGAGGCAGCUUUAGAGCAUCCUUACCUAGAGAGAUUGCACGACCCGGCUGACGAGCCAGUGUGCAUGGAUUCAUUCUCAUUUGAGUUGGAGCACCAACUGCUGACAGAAGAACAAAUGAAGGAGCUGAUAUACAAGGAGGCCUUGGAACUUAAUCCGCAUUAUGCAUGA